UUGGUACAUUCCCGCUGCUCCGAGAGCUUAAAAAGAGCCCCGGGAGGCUAAACCUUAGCAGAUUUGGUUCUCAUUUGUCUCUGCUUGAGAGCUACACAUUCCCACAUUCUCUGCGCCCCGGGUUGGGAGAGUGUCUCUUGGUAUCUUCUCGGCCAGGGAUUUUAAAGCUGUGGCUCUCAAGCAUUGGGGGUUUUGUGUGUGUAGCCGUGUGGCUGGGGUCCCUCGUCCCCAGUACCUAGGCUUGCUUGGCUCCUUCGCCAAAGCCCAGCAGUGAGAAAGGCGCUCAGCCGCUUCUGCAAAGGAUGGAGCAGACCGAGGUGCUAAAGCCACGGACACUAGCUGAUCUGAUCCGCAUCCUGCACCAGCUCUUCGCCGGGGAGGAGGUCAAUGUGGAAGAGGUGCAGGCCGUCAUGGAAGCCUACGAGAGUGACCCCGCCGAAUGGGCAGCGUAUGCCAAGUACGACCAUUACAGGUACACCCGAAAUCUUGUGGAUGAAGGAAACGGAAAAUUUAAUCUAAUGAUUCUGUGUUGGGGUGAAGGACAUGGCAGCAGUAUCCAUGACCACACCAACUCCCACUGCUUUCUGAAGAUGCUGCAGGGAAAUCUAAAGGAGACAUUAUUUGCCUGGCCUGACAAAAAGUCCAAUGAGAUGAUCAAGAAGUCAGAAAGAACCUUGAGGGAAAACCAAUGUGCCUACAUCAAUGAUUCUAUUGGCUUACAUCGAGUAGAAAACGUUAGCCAUACGGAACCUGCCGUGAGCCUUCACUUGUACAGCCCGCCUUUUGACUCAUGCCAUGCCUUUGAUCAAAGAACGGGACAUAAGAACAAAGUCAGCAUGACAUUCUACAGCAGAUUCGGAACCAGGACUCCAUUUGCAACUUCAGGAUCACUGGAGAACAACUAAGGAGCACCACACCCUCUAAGGUCUGCUGAAGUGUUGCCUGGACAGGAAGGCCUCCCACCAUUUGCUGUUCAGCAAUACACUUUACAAAACCAAUGCUUUAAUGUCCUGUAAGGCAGAUGCUAAUUAGAAGUCAUUAAGUAAGCAAAUAGUGUCCUGAGCUACUACAGAAGAAAAAUCCCACUAAAGAAAAAAGAAGGCUUAAGAUUUUUAAAGGCCGAAUAAAGUACUCCCCUGGUUUGAUUCUCUAAAUCCAUUGGAACCAUACAGGGAAUGCCAGUGCAGGCUUUUAUAGCUUUCGGAGACACAUUGUCUCUGAACUGUAAUUAGCAACAAGAAACUACAGGUAUCAAAUGCCUAUCUUGUGACUUGGAUAACUAAAUGUAGAUGUCUUUAGUAUACUUUGUAUGUCUGAAUAUUUGAAAAGAAUUUUUUGAAUCUGUGUAUUUUAUUUUUUCAGUCAUAUUUUACCCAUUCCUGUUUCAUAAACAAUAGGGUGUUGUAGACAGAGAAACGUAAGGUAUACUUUGCUGCUUGGUAAUGAAAUGAGGGAGGAAGGAUUUGGAAAAGGACCCAAACCCGCAGCAAACCCAAAACGCAAAGUCGUGCCUGGUGUGUCCAGUGUUCACAGUCAAAGACUUUGUACUGCUCUCAGAUUCCCAAAUAAUUUUAAUAAAACUGGAUUUGAACACGA